UUUUUUUUAUUAAUUUUUCUAUUUUUUAUGCAUGCAUAUGCUGUCUUCUCUCUCUCUCUCUCUCUACUGUCUUUCUCCUUUGUAGUACUUGUUUUGUUUACACUGAAUGCUUUUGACUCCUAAGUUGAAGAGAUUCUUCAGAUCUGCAUGGAAAAACUUUUGGACAUUGUCAGCAUCAACUAUUCAGCUUUUUGUUGAUUCCUAAAUGUUGAAGCUUUUCAACAAUUCACUCUCAUGAUGAUUCAGAAUAACAUUUGAGAUAUUGUAGAAAGGAAAAUUGGAUUUAAAUACUUUAGCCAGGAAUGGAUCAAAAUAUUUUGGAAGAAGUAACAGUCUUAGAGGAACCAAUUAUAGCUGAUUUUCAAAGAAUUGUGGAGCUUACAGAUUAUACAGAUAUAGGGUCUUCUCAGUUAGCUAAUCUCGUGAAACAUUGGGAGUAUAAGCAGGCAAAUGCAGUUUGCCUUCUUCGAGAAGAGCUCGACAACCUUAGCAAACAAAAGGAGGAAGUUGAGCUUAAAAAGUGUGAGAUACUUGAAGACAAUAAUAGAUUCGAGGAAGGAAGCUACGGUGGAGAAAAACAUCCGGAUUCAAUAUCGGACUAUGUUGCAAUAAGGGAAAACGACGUCAUUCAAAACAAAAGAGUUGAAAUUGAGGCUGAGUAUGAUUCCGUUGUUUACUGGAAACAUCGAGCGAUCGAAUUGGAAAGACAGUUGGAGGCAAGUUAUAGGAGAGAGGAGAUAUUAAAGGAAAAGCUGCAAGAAAGUAUAGAGGCUAUUCAAAGACAAUCAUCACCUGUGGAGGAACUGUCACAGAUUCUUAAGAGAGCAGAUAAUUUCUUACAUUUUAUACUUCAAAAUGCACCUGUUGUUAUAGGCCAUCAGGACAAAGAGUUGCGGUAUCGCUUUAUCUAUAAUCAUUUUCCAAGUUUACAAGAGGAGGACCUCAUAGGAAAAACGGAUGUUGAAAUUUUCACGGGAGCAGGUGUGAAGGAGUCUCAAGAUUUUAAGAGAGAAGUAAUGGAGAAAGGAGUACCUGCAAAAAGGGAAAUAACUUUUGAGACAGAACUACUUGGAUCAAAGACAUUUUUGUUGUAUGCAGAACCUGUGUUUAGCAAGGCAGGAGAAACAAUUGGAGUAAACCAUAUGGGAAUGGAAAUAACCGAUCAGGUGAGAAAAAGAGAAAAAAUGGCAAAGCUAAGGGAAGAAAUUGCAGUUCAGAAAGCAAAGGAAACAGAACUUAAUAAAACCAUUCACAUUACAGAGGAGACAAUGAGAGCAAAACAAAUGUUGGCAACAAUGUCUCAUGAGAUAAGAUCACCACUUUCUGAUGUUGUUAGCAUGGCCAAAAUUCUUACUACAACAAAACUUGACAGAGAGCAAAGACAGCUCUUAGAUGCCAUGAUAUCGUCAGGAGAUUUGGUUCUUCAACAUAUUACUGAUAUACUAGAUCCUUCCAAGGCUGAGUCGGGUUAGAAAUUUCCUUUACCAUUACUUGUUAUCAGAUAAUAUAAGUGAGGAGGAUGAAGAACUCAAAAGUGGAGCUGCGGUUGAAAGGAAAAAGCUCAUGCUGAAGGAUUAUUUAACAUCUUUUUAUUGGUUUUUCAUUUUAAACUAUGUUAUCUUAAUUUUCCUAUUGUUAGAGGUAGAUGGAACUCCUUGGAUGAAAGAUUUUGACAUAAUAAUUUGAUAUGGACUUCUGGUUUAUUGUAUUCAAGA